AUGAAUCCUCUGAGUUUCACUGCCUCUCUGAUCGCUGCCAUCGAGCUUGGUGUGGGUACAUUCAAGGUUGUGAGAAGAUUCGUCGACAGCUACAGCGAAGUACCGGCUGAGUUACUAGCCUUGAAGCUGAGACUAGAUGGCAUCAACAUUCAGUUGCAGCUCCUGCGACGCAUCAAAGCGACACUUGGCGACAUUGACGAACCAUUAUUGGACGAUUGCGAGACUGCCAACUUUGAAAAGUUCAUGCAAGAUGUGAUCUUGACUUUCUCGAGCAUUCGAGAUGGUUUUGCAUCGCAUGUUGUUGGAGUUGGGAAGCGCGACCGAAUUAAAUGGGUUUUCCAUGAUGCCAAUAAGGUUAAGAAGUGGGAUCAAUGUCUCGGAAGUCACUCUGUGGUUCUCAAAAAUAUUCUACAGCUACUAGAGCUUCGCUACUCUGGACUUUUGAAAAUCGAAUUCAUGGAAUUAAAGAAAGAAGUCUCGCGAGCUCGUUUCUUCAUGGCAACAAUGCCCCAACCUCUUCAGACACGUUUUCUGUGGGCUAGAAAAAUAUCGAAAGCCUUGAGGGUCGUCUCCCCGAUUAUGAAGCUUGACGGUUCUAUAGUUCUAUUUGAAAGGGGAAGAGAGUCAAUCUACAAUGUUUCUUUUACGUUCCAGAUGCUGUUCUGUCUGAAAGCUAUUUGUGUUGAUUUCAAGCUUUGUCGCAGCUCGCUACUUUCGGGUUAUCUAUCCCCACAUUGUCAUGGACUUACGGUGAAGAAUAUUAUUCCAGAGGAUUCGGAGAUUGUUAUGGCUUGCAAACGUGGAGAUCAAUCUACUGUUUGGGAUCUAUUGCAUCGUGGCAAGGCAAGUGUCCAUGACAUAACGUAUGGCAAUGAUACACCAAUGCGGUGGGCUAUAGAGAGCGGCUCUUUGGAGCUGGUCUCUCUCCUCAUAACACUUGGUGCAGAUGUCAGAGGAACGUUUGGUCAAUUCAACACGAACUACAUACAAGCUGCACUAUACUACCGGCGCAUGGACAUUGCCCGUUUGCUGCUGUCUCGGGGAGCAGACAUUCAUCACAUCUGCGCAAGAGGCUGGACCCCUAUAUUUCAUGUCUGGCAGCCACGUAGCGUACCGUGUCAAGCCCAUGAGUCUAUUGAGUUCCUUUCGGGUGCAUCAUUUGGAGGCUACAAUGCUCAAGAUAGCGUGGGCUGGACUGCCAUGCACCGAGCCGCUGCUUUUGGAAGUGCCGAGGAUGUCAAAUGUUUACUUGAGAGCGGAGCAUCUCUUGCUUUUCGAACGACAGUCUUUGCGUGGAGCCCAAUAUUCUGUGCUGUCCAGUACGGUAAUUUGUCAAUCUUUAAUCAGCUGAUACAGUAUCAUCCCGACUACUCCACGCUCGUCGACGGUCGAAACUGGACCCUACUUCAUACAGCUGUCAAUGCCAAGCAGUUGGAAAUGAUACGACUUCUUCUCAGCUUUGGUGCCGAUCCCCACGCUAGGAGUAUGGCUACCGAUCUAUGGGUUCCCAAAGACCUUGUAGGAGUCUCUGUAACACCAGGUGAUAUAGCACAGCUUCGAGGCAGUGAUGUACUCACUACGUACUUAGAUUCACUUAACGACAUGGGACAAGAAGUUCAGAUCAUCAGUGAUGAACAUGGUGGCCUGAGUGAUAUCUUUUGGCUAGCUUCAGAAAAAGAUCACGGGCAAGUGACUUCGGCAUAA